GGGGGAGGCUGAGCGGAGCCCGCCCCUGGGAACAGGCUGCCAAGCCCGGUGUCCGCCGGCAUCCCGCCCCGGAGGAGCCACGCACGUCUCACCGAGUCAGCCUGUCCCCCAGGCCCCUACGGGGGGUGCCCCAGCACCCCGGGGCUCCCAGCAUCUUCACCCAGCACCAGCAGCCGCGCAACAGAGACCCCAGGAGCGUCGCUGAGGCGCGCAGGACGGAACAGCCUCGUACCGGGAAGCCAACACCCCGCUGCCUCCUCUUACCACAGGUGGCCGCCAGGUGGCGGCGGCGGCGCAGAUCAGGGUGUGCGCACGAUACCCUGGGAGUUGUAGUUCGCCAGGCUGGGCGGCGCCGAGCAUCCUGGGAAUUGUAGUCGCAGUCACGAGCACGACCCGCGCAGGCGCAAACCGACAGCCGCUUCCGGGUUCAGGCGCGGCGUUUUGCCGAGGGAGAAAAACCCCGAGGAGGGGGCGGCCGGGGGUGGCGAUGGCUACCUACAGCCUGGCCAACGAGAGGCUCCGCGCGCUGGAGGACAUCGAACGGGAGAUCGGCGCCAUUCUCCAGAAUGCAGGUACCGUGAUCCUGGAGCUGUCCAAGGAGAAGACCAACGAGCGGCUGCUGGACCGGCAGGCGGCGGCCUUCACGGCGUCGGUGCAGCACGUGGAGGCCGAGCUGUCGGGGCAAAUCCGCUACCUCACCCAGGUAGCCACCGGGCAGCCCCAUGAGGGCUCCAGCUACUCUUCGAGGAAGGACUGCCAGAUGGCCCUGAAGCGAGUGGACUACGCCCGUCUCAAGCUCAGCGAUGUGGCCCGAACCUGUGAGCAGAUGCUGGAAAACUAGGCCGACCAGCUAGAGCGAGAACUUGGAAGAACGCCACCACCAGCACCGGGGACAAAGAGACCUGUGGCGUGGGACAUCAGGGCUGCCACUUUGGGCCCAGCUGGGCAGGGUGUAGGGGGCAGAAGGUGGGGAUGGAGACACUUGAAGAUCAGGCGGCCUGACUCCUCCCACAGGUGCUCCUGCAGGUGCGCCAGGAAGUGCUGACAAGCUCAGACAGAGUCUAUCAGACUGCCAGCACACUUCCUCCAACGCCCCGUGCCCUACCCCAGGCUUCUGUAGACUGGACCAGCGAAGGCACAUGCUUCUUCAUGGAAAGAGACAAAAGCAGAACCAGGGGUUUUAAUUUAAAAAAAAAACAACA